AACAGGAAAUACAGCUUUCUACUCUCACUCCCGCAAUUUCUCUCAACACUGCUCUUUCUGUACUCUCCGUUAUAGCUGUGAAUACUGUGGCGUUUUAGGGUUUUGGUAACGGCUAUGGGUUCGAGACCGGAGUUGGUUGCGCCGCCGGAGAUAUUCUACGACGAUGACACAUCACGCAAAUAUACCUCUAAUUCCCGUAAUAUUGAAAUUCAGACUUCAAUGACUGAGCGAGCACUGGAGCUACUCAAUUUACCCGAAGACGGUGUUCCUAAGUUACUCCUUGACAUUGGUUGCGGCUCGGGACUUAGCGGCGAGACUAUCACAGAGAAUGGACACCAUUGGAUCGGCCUUGAUAUUUCUGCCUCAAUGCUUAAUAUUGCAUUAGAGCGUGAGGUUGAGGGCGAACUUUUACUCUCUGACAUGGGUCAGGGUUUAGGGCUUCGUUUUGGAGUGUUUGAUGGGGCCAUCGGUAUAUCUACCAUUCAGUGGUUAUGUAAUGCUGAUAAAUCCUCCCACAACCCUCAUCUAAGAUUGAAGGCGUUUUUUACAUCUUUAUACAAAUGCUUAACAAAUGGUACUAGAGCAGUAUUUCAAGUGUAUCCUGAAAAUGACGAUCAACGUAAAUUGAUUGUGAAUGCUGCAAUGGCUGUUGGAUUUGGAGGGGGUCUAUUGGUGGAUUAUCCGGAUAGUGCUAAGAGGAGAAAAGAGUUUCUUUGUCUCACGUGUGGUUUUAAGGAACCCUUGCCCAAAAGUAAAACUGAAGAUGACGACGACAGUGAAAGUGAAGAAAAUCAAACAGUAUAUAUCUCAGACAGGCAUAGACCCUGGAAGAGACAGAAAAAUAAUAAGAGUGAAAAGGGUAGGGAAUGGAUAAAGAGGAAGAAGGAGCAGAGGAGAAGAAGAGGAAAUGAUGUUCAUCCAAAUACAAAGUACACUGGUCGGAAAAGGAAGGAUCGGUUUUGAUAUGCUUAAUAUAAGCCAAAGUUGCAUAUUUCUUAUAUGUUAAUAGUUAUUGCGAAUUGCAUCUUACUUGGGUUCAAAUUUAUCUAUCACUUUACACGUUA